AAAAAUAUUUGUUCCAUUUUUCUUUACGCUUCAAAUCAUCUGUCCACGUUGCGUAAUACCCACGCUGCACUCAACCAUGGCGGAGGCGCUCACCGGUGCAACUGACACGUCACUGCCGGUCCCGGAGCCGCCGCCGCACGUCGUCCUGCUGGCCAGUCCUGGCGCGGGCCACCUGAUCCCUCUGGCCGAGCUCGCGCGGAGGCUCGUGGCUGACCACGGCUUCGCGGUCACCGUCGUCACGCUCACCGGCCUCUCCGACCCGGCCACUGACGCCGCCGUGCUGUCGUCGCUGCCGGCCUCCGUGGCCACCGCCGUGCUCCCCGCCGUCGCCCUUGAUGACCUCCCGGUGGACAUCGGCUUCGGCUCCGUGAUGUUUGAGCUCGUCCGCCGCUCCAUCCCUCACCUCCGCGCGCUCGUCGCGGGCUCCGCCGCCGCGGCCGUCGUGUGCGACUUCUUCGGCACACCGGCUCUGGCCCUCGCCGCCGAGCUCGGGGUGCCGGGAUACGUCUUCUUCCCCACCAGCAUCAGCUUCAUCUCCGUCGUGCGCCACGUCGUGGCGCUCCACGACGGCGCCGCCCCAGGUGAGUACCAUGACCUCCCGGACCCGCUCGCGCUUCCCGGGUGCGCGCCCCUCCGCCACGGCGACAUCCCCGACGGGUUCCGGGAUUGCACAGAUCCGGUCUACGCCUACGUCGUCGAGGAGGGGAGGCGGUACGGCGGCGCCGACGGCUUCUUGGUGAACAGCUUCCCGGAGCUGGAGCCGGACGCCGCGGAAGCGUUCAGACUAGACGCAGCGAACGGUUUGUUCCCUCCGGUGUAUCUCGUCGGGCCGUUCGUCCGGCCAAGCUCGGACGAAGACUCCGACGAGUCGGCGUGCAUGGAGUGGUUGGACCGCCAGCCCGCUGGGUCGGUGGUGUACGUCUCCUUCGGCACCGGCGGCGCGCUGUCCGUGGAACAGACGGCGGAGCUCGCCGCCGGGCUGGAGAUGAGCGGCCACAGCUUCCUCUGGGUGGUGCGCAUGCCGAGCACGGACGGGCUCCCUUUCUCCAUGGGCGCCACCCAUGGGAACCCCUUGGACUUCCUCCCCGAGGGGUUCUUGGAGAGGACGAGCGGCCGGGGCCUCGCCGUCGCGUCGUGGGCGCCGCAGGCGCGCGUGCUGGCGCAUCCGGCGACGGCGGCGUUCGUGUCACACUGCGGGUGGAACUCGACGCUCGAGAGCGUGACCUCCGGCGUGCCGAUGAUCGCGUGGCCGCUGUACGCGGAGCAGAAGAUGAACGCCGCCAUCCUGACGGAGGUGGCCGGGGCAGCGGUACGCCCGGAGUCGGGCGGCGGCAGGGCGAGCGCGGUGGUGCCGCGGGAGGAGGUCGCGGCGGCGGUGAAGGGGCUCAUGGGAGGGGACAAGGGGAGCGCCGUUCACCGACGGGCGAGGGAGCUGAAGGAGGGGGCGGCGCGGGCGUGGUCACCGCCGGACGGGGCGUCGCGCCGCGCGCUCGAGGAGGUGGCCGGCAAGUGGAAGAACGCCGUGCCUGAGAAGCGUUGACCGAAGCGUUGACAGUUACUUUCGUUCGGUGAAAUUUGGUCAAAAUUUGUAAGGUGAUCACUCUCUUUCCGGAGCUCUAGUGUCAGCUCAACUGCUCUAUCGGAAAUAACUUCAUUUCUUUUGGAGGAAGAUUGAACCGCUGGUGUGAAAAACGAAAUAAAGAAUUUGAAGCUAUUGUCAUGCGACAAGUGAUUCUCGAUUAUAAUCCUAAAAACUAUG